AUGUAGCUUCUGAAGUUGCUUAUUAUUUGACCUGGUAGACUUAUUUCAAUGUCAAUUGACGCACUUUUGAUGUAAGAGUUUGAGUAGCUUUUGAAUUUUGUAGUUGUCGGUAUUAGUAGAAUGCAUGUCCUAGUUCAUCGCCGAGCUGUAAUCUUAUUUGAAGCCCCGAAUGAAUAUCACAUCCCAGACGUGCUUGGUUCAAGCAAAGAAGGCCCGAUCCGGUCGGCACCCGCCUACACAAUCGCAGGUCGGGCGAAAUCGCAACUUCCACAGUGUAUCACUUUCCCUGGCCCCGGUCAUUACGAUGCCAAAAUCGAUCCGCUGGUAAAGAAGGCUCCGAUGUUCUCGAUGGCCACCCGAUUCCGAAUGCCAACGGACGAAGCGAUGAAACCGGGCCCAGCGGCACACCAUCCGGAGAAGGUGAACCUAGGACACGUGCCGUCGUACAGUUUUGGGAUUAAGCAUUCGGAGUAUCUUGGACAGUUUCCAGAGCCGUCACGCUACCGUAACCAACUAAUCUUUUGAGUUUAAAAUGAGUUUAUUUAAUUUUGCAGGAUUUUUUUUUAAAUUUCAUUCGGUUUUAAUCGGCUUUUGCUUUAUAAGGUGCUACGAAGGAUUUUAUGUUUUUUUAUUUAUUUAAACGAAUCAAAUAUGAAUUCAUCCAGGGAAGAGUGCAAACAGUACGGUGUCAUUUUUUGCUCGAAGAAAUGGUGUUAUGAAGUUGGUAAGAUUAUUAGUUUUAUUUUUAUGAUUUCUGUUUUGUUUUGAUGAAUAAACAAUUAACUUUCAACUCUUA